AUGAAGAUCGCUUACCCUACCCUGCUCUUUGACCGCAACAUCAUCGAUGGCCGCGGCAUGAUGUGCUCCUUCCUGACCCUGGCCAUCGGCAACAAUCAGGGUAUGGGUGAUGUGGAGUAUGGUAAGAUCUACGACUUCUACCUGCCCCCUGGGUUCCUCCGCCUCUACGACGGCCCGGCCGUGAACGUGGAGGACAUGUGGCGCAUCUUGGGCAAGGGCACAAGCAACGGAGGCCUUGUGGUGGGCACCAUUAUUAAGCCCAAGCUUGGACUGCAGCCUAAGCCUUUUGGUGAGGCCUGCUAUGCGUUCUGGCAGGGAGGUGACUUCAUCAAGAAUGACGAGCCGCAGGGCAACCAGGUGUUUUGCCAGAUGAAUGAGUGCAUUCCGGAGGUUGUGAAGGCCAUGAGAGCCGCCAUCAAGGAGACCGGCAACGGCAAGCUGUUCUCCGCCAACAUCACCGCGGACGAUCCCAACGAGAUGAUUGCCCGAGGCAAGUACAUUCUGUCCCAGUUCGGCCCUCUGUCGGAGAACUGCACCGCCGUGACCUGCGCCCGCCGCAACUUCCCCAAUCAGUUCCUCCACUACCACCGAGCCGGACACGGAUCCGUGACCAGUCCCCAGACCCAGCGCGGCUACACCGCCUUUGUGCACACCAAGAUCUCCCGAGUCAUUGGCGCGUCUGGCAUCCACACCG